ACAGUAGUGCUCUAGCCUAUUUAGGUAGUGAAGGCACAGGUCUUGAGUUAUUGUUUUCUGUUAUUCACAAUAAGUAUGUGUUCAUUUUAUUUUCAAUAAUAUAAAUCGGGCAUUUCUGAUUUUUUUCUAACUGCAGUUAAUUUCAUACGUCUAACAUUUUAAACAGAGCAUUCUGGUUGGUGAGCAAAAUAUGUCAUAAAAAUAUUUCAUGAAGGGUGACCGCAAAUGGGGAGUGGUUAAGGUGCUUGGUUUGAACGACGAAGUUGCUGUUGUUCUAUAAGAUAUCUGACCCAACUCUGCUAUUGAAAACUGAGUGGCCUACAGUACACUGUGCAGACUUGCAAAUCAAUUUGUGUGUGUGCUGUUAUUUCUGAUACAUCUUAAAAUGAGUUGCGGGUUUUGUCAUUUUGCUAUGGAGUCCAAAAAAACAGGACCGAUAUUACAAAAGGAAGAUAUAGUUGCACACGAGAACUGUUUGCUGUUUUCUUCUGGACUUGUCACUCAGAAUACACCUGAGGGGGAUGACUUGGCAGGAUUUUCAGUGGAAGGUGUGAAAAAGGAAAUUAAUCGAGGGAGAAAACUGCAUUGCUUUAGCUGCAAGAAAUCUGGAGCGACUGUAGGCUGUGAAGUUAAAAAAUGCAAAAGAUCAUAUCAUUUUUUAUGCGCCUUAAACGAUAAUGCAAAAAAGGAAGAAGAUUUGGACCGUGGAUGGUUUAGGAUCUAUUGUGAAAUGCACAAGAGUAAAAUACCAGAAGAUGCAAUUGACGAUGAGAGUGAUGCCGAAUCUGAUCAAACUGAGGAAUUGGACACUGAUGACAGCAGUGAGAAAUUCAUCUUUGGAACCAAGACAACACCUAAGAGAAAAAGAUCAACUCCAGUAAAAAGGCUGUUUUCAAAAAACCCUAGAAAAUGGACAUCAAGCCCAAAAAUUGGAAUCUUAAACAAGAACCCUGCAGAUGGAGAUAAAUGGGAUGUCACUUUAAUAAAAAGUGAAGAUGCAGAAAUCCCAUGUAGUUCUGGGGUCAGGGGUCCAAAGAGAGAAAAACAGACUCUAAUAAAAAGACUCAAAGUAGUUAGAUUUGAAGCCGAUCCAGUGUCAAAAGGUAAAAACACAAAUGAAAGUGAAGAUGAACAGCUGGCAAUGGAUACAGACAAAAACGGCACAUGUGACACAGUGGUCAGCGAUGUCAGCACAAAUCUGGACUCGCAUGACGAGAGGGAAGAUGAUGAGUCUUCUGAAAGUAUCCUGAUUCCUAUAAAUGCAGAAAGCGUAUCUCUUGGGAGCGCUAUAUAUUCAGGAAGUCCAGCAGAGUUCUGGAAGAAGUGCAGAGACGUCAAAUGCGUAGAGAAGCUUUUUUCAAAAAUUCAAACUGCCAUAUCCAACGUGUCCCAAAAAAUUGUGACGCAGGCUGCCAGUGAUCAUGACUAUAAAUUUGCAAUGGACAUCCUCACAGCUUCUGGUUUGUGGCCAGAAGUCAUUUCAGACAACAAUAAAGCAGAUUUGAAAGAAAAACAGGAAAAACUUAAGGCAGAAAUGGAGUCUUUGUCAAAAGCAAAAGUCACCAUGCAAGAACUCGAUGAGAUAAUGAAGAACAUUCACAAGUGAGAAUUACAGGUUUUUAAAAACGAAUAGAAAGCAUCAAACACACCAAUAAUAUCAUUAAAUUAAUGUUAUGCAAUCAGUAAUUUCAAAGGGAUUUUAUAUCAUUUUAGACCUGAUUCAAUCUUAACAUUAUGUAAGAUUUGAUUUUGGAUAUUUUUUUUAGCUUAUUUGAUUUUUUUAAACCAUGUAUCUUAAUGUAGGCUCCAUUUUUAUUUUUGUAUAAAUCUAGCAACAUUAUAGAAUUGUUAGUUGAUCUAACUGUGGGAUAAAUAGACUGGCCUCUGAUCUGCUAGGUAUCCUAAACAAAUGUUCAUAUAAAGUGGAACUAAGUAACACCAGGGUAAGAAUAAUAACGCAUUAAAAUUUAAACAACUGUGAAAGGACAAACACAUUUUAUUUUCCAACACAGUGCAUUAUAGGAUACCAGUCAGUCAGUAGGUAUGGUUUUUCUUAUUUUAUCAAAGUUUUUACUGUAUGUAAUUAAGCUGUGUUAAUUUGACUGUUUCAGUUCAUUGCAAUGUUUUUAGUUUUAUAAGUUACCUUUACUUUUAAUUCAUCCAUAUCUGUAUAUCAACACAUAUUUCAAUAUUUAAUAAACUGAGCUGUAUUGCUUUUGUGC